AUGCAUACCGCCGCCAGUGUUGUAAGUGGCCCAUCCACCGGAAGGCACUCGAAGCAAACGCAAGCUCCUACCGCUACGGGUGACGCUGCCAGGCCGGCUCUCCCUCCGAACGUGAACAGUAGGCCCCACGGGACGCUGACCGUUCGAUUCGGCAGUUUCCGGGAAUCUUCCGGGGCUGGCGUGCGGUGGAACAGUGCCAAGGUGUACGUGAGUGUCGAUUUGCAGCUCAUCUGGUGGGGCCAGCAAACGCCUAGCAGCUCUUCCGGUGGUAGUGGUGCUGGACCACUGCUCCACUGGGAGCAAGGAAACGCCCGUCAAAACGGGGCCAGUGAGGUGGUCUACGAGGUACGCACCAGCCCAGAACUCUUCCGGCGGUAUCUAAAAAGUUGUGAACCGAUUCGGGUGCGAUUGGUGUCGAAACGUACACGAACCGUGAUCGGAACGGCCCAGGUGCAGAUUCCGGGCAAGAUAACAAACUUCCGAGACCCGGGAUCGGUUAGCCCAACGACGACGACAGUAGCACAAGCGUGUGGGGAAGUGCACAGCGUUAGAGGUUUCUGUCUCGGGGAGGUGUGUUUGGAGCUUUCGUUGCAGUUUGAUCGGAAAAGAUCUGCUACUUCCGGAGCUGGUCCAGGUAAGGAAAACGGCAAAAUGUUGCUUGUGGAGCAGAAGCCAGCUUCGCCCGCUCUGAUGCCGCUAGCAGUCGAAGGAAAGCCAGCACCAUUGCAUGAAUCCUCCCAACGUACACUGCCAGCGGCAGGUGUUUGUGCUGCGAAGAAAAGAUUCCAUACGCUCGCACCGGACGCACGCCAAAAGAUUCUCGACUACCUAACUGGGCGGCCGAUCGACGGUGAUGGUAGCAAUUCAGAACUGUCCGCACUAAGCGAGAUAUGCUCCGUGUCACCGGCAGAAAGUAUGCUGGAAGCAUUGACACGUUACGAUCAAGCACCGGAACCACGGAAGCAAACCUAUCUCCGUGCAGUUGAUUGUGUCCGUGUGCUGGUGGAGAAUCUCAAAUUUACCCGUGCUGGCCAGAAGGAGAUACAGCAUCGUGCCAAUCAGCAGCAUUUGGCCAUGUUUGGAGGCGGAUUUGUGGUGCGCAUGAAGCUCUUACCAACGGCGGCCAGGUUGAAGUUUACUUCGACAGCAGUCAGCGAGACGGAAGUAGUUUUCGACGCGAAACCGCAGCAGACACGCUUUGGUCUCCCGGAAUCCGCGACCGGUGAGGGUUUGCAGUUCGACUUUGCGGUACAUCUCAACGUUGGGAGUUUCUACAAGACGCGCCUCUUCUUUCUUGGCUCGGCCAGCGUCACGCUACAGGAGGUGAUCGAGGGAAGGUUCGCGUGCCACAAGCGCUGCCCAAUCCGGCUGGCAUCGGAUGAUAUCCUUCUCGGGACGCUAACCGUACGGUUGGAGUUGGGCAGUCGCGGGAUACAUUUCGGACCGGAGUUGAUCGAUGCCGUGCUUAUCGAUGGCGGCAACGUGACGCUAGAGAGCUCCGAAGCUUCUUCCGAUGGCGAGAGUGUUGAGCCGAGUGUUACACCGGAACCGAUACCUUCGGUCAUGCACUGCCAGCACAAGCAUCACCAUUGCCACGGAAGCGAAGCACGUUGCGUUGAUCGAUUUCCGUGCUACGUCAGCAAAUGCAAGACUGCGAUGACUGACCCGGGUGAUAAUCAAAGCUCCAGCGGCGAAAAAGAUACUUCCAGUCACAAUCAACCGACGCGGCAAGAUGGAGAAGGUUCGGGCGCCUCGACGAAUGGCGGCGGAGGCGAUCAAGAUGAGCAAAAUAGAAAUGCACCUCAGAAGAACGAUAGGCAACCGGAGCCGCCGAAUGCCAUGGAAAUCGAUGGUUCGAAACCAGAAGUGCAACAAACGAAGCUAUUGCACGGUUUGCUGUACCUCGGCCAGCUAAAGGAUCGCAACCAACCGGUGGGGGAACAUUUUCUAGCACUGCAACCGUUUUGGACCGACGAACCGUCGACUCUCACCUCGGAACUCUGCCAGCCGGAGGGGAACUUUGAUUACCUCCGUACGUUUCCCGUUAUGGCCACCGCCAGCUUUCUCGAGCGUGUCCGCAAUCAGCACCUAGCGGUCGAACUGUGGCAGAAAGCGCCCGGCGAGGGUGAAAAGCUGGUUGGCGUUACACGCCUACCGCUGCAUCAGUUCUACAUCGCGUUCCGGGAUGUGCAGCUGAGUGACCAUUUGGCUCACGCCCGCCUUCCGGUGAUUUCAAUUGACGGUUGGAGCGGUAUUGGAUCUCCUCUGGCAUCGGAACCAUGCGGUCAGCUUCAGGCCGUGCUUGCGAUUGGCACCGAAAGCCAGAUCGAACACUUCCGCCUAACGCGAUCCCUGCCGAUGCACACUUCCGGCGAUGUGCCGCGUAAUCGACUCCCGGCGAUCGAGACGCCACGGAUUAACCCCCGGUCGGACAGUAAGUCCAUCCAAACGGUGAGCUGCGGUGGUGGUACCAAGCAACCGCAGAGCUCUGAAGUGGCCAACAUGCUGUCGGCGUUCAUCGAAAAUCUGGCCCAACGGCUUCCAAUUUCCUCCGAGCGUAGUACGGCUCCGAGUUUUGAUAACAAUUUAUCCAGCGUUGAGCAACGCCCGGUAGCCGGAUCGCCACACUCACAAGCGAACCGUCCUCAGCUACGCAAAACGGCCGAUCUGCUCGACAAUCUCCAGAAGGCGCUUGCCCAGCGACCCUCUGCCGCCGCCUUGGAGGGCUUCGGAGCACUCGGGUUGGGUUCGGCCGCCUCUCUGCUCGGAGCCAGCACCACUCCGGCGGAUCAAACACCUCCCGCUGCCGGAACCGAUGAAACACGCAUUUCCGCUGCGGGGACAGGGGAACCAGUGGCACCACAACAUCCUACACCGGUGGUCCUAAUGGAAGCUUCGGAAAGUGAGCAACCCUCAGCCGAGAAACCGGCUCCACAACCAAUCCCAGCGGUCAGCACCGAAGAUUCCUCCACGGACGGUGUGGAAGAGGAGUCGUGCAAACUGAUCCGAUUGUUGAUCGAAAUCGAACGGGCCGUCAAUCUGCCGCAGCUAACAAUUAGCAAAAAGUACGCCAAGCGACAGCACCACAAGAACCGCGUUCCAAACGUUCCGGAGGCGCUCGUGCUCGAACCGAGCGCUUACGCCACGUUCGAGGGUCACCAUCUGCGGCCGGGGACGGCGAAUACGGUCAAAUCACACGAAGGCAUCGUCUACACCACGCACGUCAUCGAGCGGAACUGUGCCCCAGGGUGGCAAAAGCGCUUUGAGGUGCAACUACCCAGCGAUCUGAUGACCAAUGACGAGAAACGGUUCAUCGUGAAGGUGUGGCGGAAGGCGGCCCUAAGCGAUGCGCCGAAAUGCCGGCUGUUGCCCGCCCCCAUGGAGGACGCCGUAAUCGGGUUCUGUGCCAUCGAUCUGAGUCUGCUGCUGUCCGGAUUGUCUUGCAUCCUUGGGUGGUACAAUAUAAUGGACUUUUCCGGGCGCUGCAACGGUCAAAUCAAGAUCUACAUAAAACCACUCGAAAACGUGCAAUCGUUCAAAGUGGCUGAAGAGCAACAGAACUUCCGUCUACCGUUGUUGAUCGACGUGGACUGCGGACCCACGAUGGGGCUCGAUACGUCCAGCAACACGUCGCUCAGUCGUGCGCUGAAACGGAAAUUCAUCGAGCUGGAGGAAAUCACGGAGCGGCUAAAGGCUCGCCUGUUCGAUGUGACCGGUGACGACGGUGAUGACGACGGUACCGAUCCGGACGAUCAGUUCGAACGCGAUCUCAACACGGCGGCCAGCGAAGACGAUGACGAUGCUGUCGAUGAUGAUCAGGAUGCGUGGGCCGGUGACGAGCAGCUGGAGGACUCUUCGAAUCGGAAGCGCAACAGCCAAUACCCGAACGGUGCGAUGACUAUCACCACCAACACCUCGUCGUACUCGAUGUGUGCCACCGACCGGAGCAGUCUAACAGGCUGCUCGAACCGUGCUUCGCGGUCUCGGGACGAGUCUCCUCCGCCGCGUCCUUCGACGUCGCAGCUAGCCGAACUGCUGCAAAGCCACGACAUCGACACGCUCAUUAAUCCGGCCCUUUUCAAGAACUUUCUCCUUCCGUCAACCUCCGAAUCGACACCCGUUCUCGAUGGUGGUGAAACGGGCAUCGAUGCGGACAUGAGCGAUGAAUCCUCGGUCGGCUGUGCGGCCGGUGGAGAUAGGGUGAAACAGAUAGCGACGGCCCUGCAGCGGACCACCAUAUCCGAUACGAUCCGGCCCGGGGAAGCACAGAGCAGUACGGUGAUGGUGCCGGCCGAGGGCGACGGUAACGGUGGACCAUGCCGCGAAGCACCGGAAGGAGAACCGAUGAAGGACGUAAACAAAUGAAUCUAAGGUUGGGAAUCUCUUUGCACAAAAGAGGUGAGCCAGCGACGGCAUUUCAACUUUACUCGAACCUACUUUUAAACAUCCAAAAACCCUUUA